UCCUCUCUCUCCAAGACCUCAAGUUUUUUUGCACAACCCUGGUCCUUGAAAUAAGAACCCUUCAAGCAACCUGGAAAACGUUUGGUCAGCAAAAAAAAAAAAAAAAAAAAAAAGAAAAAAAAAGGAAAAAAAAAAGGAAAAAAAAAAAAAGCAAAACCAAAAAGCCCUCCUGUUUUUCCAAAGGAUCCGUCUCAGGAAUUUAAAGCACAUUUAAGACACACACGCGCACACACUCACAUAACAUAAAGGAGGGGGGGAAAGUCUCUUCCCCUCCCCUUCUUGCAGAAAGCAUGGAAGAAAGCUCCAGUUCUCCUGUUUCCCCUGUGGAUAGCUUGGGGACCAGUGAAGAGGAGCUGGAAAGACAGCCAAAGAGAUUUGGCAGGAAGAGAAGAUACAGUAAGAAGUCCAGCGAAGAUGGCAGCCCUAACCCAGGGAAGAGGGGGAAAAAGUCCAGUCCCAGCUCCCAGUCUUAUGAGGAACUGCAGAGCCAGAGGAUCCUGGCCAAUGUCAGAGAGAGGCAGAGGACUCAAUCGCUCAAUGAAGCUUUUGCCGCCUUGAGGAAAAUCAUCCCCACUUUGCCCUCUGACAAACUCAGUAAAAUCCAGACCCUCAAGCUGGCAGCACGAUAUAUAGACUUCCUCUACCAGGUGCUACAGAGCGACGAGAUGGACAGUAAGAUGACGAGCUGUAGUUACGUGGCUCACGAGAGGCUGAGUUAUGCCUUCUCCGUAUGGAGGAUGGAAGGAGCAUGGUCCAUGUCGGCCUCCCACUAGCCACCGCCCGGGCCAGGCAAAGCCCAGCUGCC